AUGGCAAGGAGUCCUCAACAGGGCCAGGACAGCUCACUGCCGGGGCCCUGGGCUCAGGCAGACUGGAUUCAGUGUGGCUUAUCACUGGCUUGUGACUUUGGAAGGAUUCUUGACUUUUCAGAAGCCUCGUUUGCAAAGCAGAGAUCUUUUCCAAACUCCUGUUCAGCACUUGGAAGAAAAAUUGCAGCUAUGUACCACAGCUUUACUAGUAAAUCAUUAAAAGAACAUAUUUUCCCUCCUCUGAUGGAUAUGAUGAUUUAUGUAAAUUUUUACAAAGCCCCAUUUCUUGUGGAUUUAAAGAAACCAGAGCUGAAGAUCCCUCACACAGUGAACUUCUAUGUCAAGCCCGAGCCCGGGGUGGUGCUGGGAGUCUGGCAUACAGUGCCCAGCUGCCGGGGAGAAGAAGCCCAGGGGAAGGACCGGUGCUGGUAUGAAGCGGCCCUUCAGGAUGGAAACCCAAUUAUUGUGUAUCUUCACGGCAGUGCAGAACACAGGGGUGCUCCUCACAGGUGUAAGCUGACAAAGGUGCUGAGCGAUGGUGGCUUUCAUGUCCUGUCUGUGGACUACCGAGGGUUCGGGGACUCUACAGGGAAGCCCACGGAGCAGGGGCUGGCAGUAGACGCUAUCUGCAUCUACGAGUGGACCAAAGCCAGAAGCGGCCGCACCCCUGUGUGCCUGUGGGGCCACUCUCUGGGCACAGGAGUUGCAACAGACGCUGCCAAGAUCCUGGAAGAGAGAGGAUGCCCAACGGAUGCCAUUGUGUUGGAAAGCCCAUUCACCAACAUCUGGGUUGCGACUAUCAAUUAUCCCUUGUUACAGAUUUUCCGGAAGUUUCCAAGAUAUUUACAGACACUUGUGGAUUCCCUAAAAGAAGACAGAAUAGUCUUUGCUAAUGAUGAAAAUGUUAAGUUCCUGUCUUCUCCCCUUCUAAUCUUACAUGGAGAGGAUGACAGAACAGUGCCUUUAGAAGAUGCAAAAAAGCUCUUUGAAAUUGCACACGCUGCCUACAGGAAUAAAGAGAGGGUCGAGAUGGUUAUCUUUCCUCCUGGCUUCCAUCACAACUAUCUUUGUAAAAGCCCCAUGUUUGUGAAAGUCGUGAGAGAUUUCCUGAGCAAGCAGUGGGCAUGAGGUUGGAGAGCAGCGUGAAUCUUUAGCUGAGGACCUGCGAAGUAGACUUUCUGCAAAAUUGAAUGAGGCUGCUUAGAGGAGCGAAAGCCUGCAUGCUUCCAUAAGUCACUUGUCAAAAUAAGGAAAGCAUGGAUGCUGGGUGGUAUGGAAUGUGGAGAAUCAGAACUUGGUAAAUUUUGGAUCCUAUUAAAAUAUAU